GUGUUGCACUUGUCACCAGUUGCAACUAGCAAAUCAUUAGCCCAGCGUUCAAUUUAUCUCCUACACAUCCCCAGCCAACAAAACAGCCAACCAAAAUGUUCAAAGUUCUGUUUGUCCUCGCCGCCCUCUCCGCCGCCCAGGUCUACGCCUAUCCCGGCUUGGUUGCCGUGCAGCCCGUUGUGGCGCACCCCGUGGUGGCGCAUCCCGCUGUGGUGCACUCUCCCAUCAUCCAUCAUGGGGCCCACUCGGUGCACUCACACGUCGUGCACCAUCCGGCCCCCGUGAAGGUCGUCACCCCGAUUGUCGCUAAGCCUGUGGUGGCUGUGCAUGCCGUCAGGCCGCUGGUGCCCCUAGUGCCCGUGCACCAUGCUGCCCCAGCUCUGGUCGUGCAUCAUUAACUGCAGCAACUGCCCCUGACCCCCAGCCCUUGCCCCAUCCCGUCCCACUCCCAUCCAAUGCCUGACCCCAACCCAACAACACCCAAGAUUAUCCCCCAAUAAAAGUUCAUAGCCAAGUAA